CGACUUCCUUCAACAAUCUUCUUCAAUCUUCUCUUUGUUCUUGUGUUUACUUCGCCCACAACUUGGCUACGAAUUUGAAGAAUGGAUUCCCACAAAGACAAACAUGGAGACAACUAAUGACAAUAUGGAGGACAGUUCAUUGUAGAGUCCUAUCAUGGAGAAGUUGUUUGUUGAUAUCAUGGUUAAACAAGCAAAUAAGGGGAAUAUGAAGGGUGAGUUUUUUCAUAACAAGAUUUGGAGCUCAAUUUUGGUUGAGUUGAAUACCAAGUUUGGAAGAUCUUACCAAAUUAAACAAAUCAAGGCAAAGUUUCAUCGGUUGAGGAUCAAACACCGUGCAUUUUCUGAUCUUCUAAACCAUACUGGGUUUGGAUGGGAUUCAAUUUACUAAUACAGUGACUGCUGAAGAAGAUGUAUGGGCAUCUUACAUUCAGGCUCAUCCUAUUGCACAACAAUUCAAGAAAAAAGGUUGUGAGAAUUAUAGGAAUCUUGGCAUACUCUUUAACACUGGGACAGCCACAGGAGUGUUGCAUCAUGCCUUAACUAUGAGUCCACCAAACACUGAUGAGGAGAACGAUUUGGAGGCUCAAUAUAGGCAUACAGGUGUACACGUGAACCUAGAACCUGACUAUGAGGAGGACCCAUUUGAUGCUGGUUUAUUAGACCCCAAGACACGUAGUGGCAAAAGACUAGCACCGCUGCCAAAUAAAGGUUCGAGGAAGGAAUUAAAGAUGAGCAGUGUCAACGAUGCACUCCAUGCAUUUAUCACUAUGCAAAAUGCAAAGGCUAAGAGAUUGAAGACAUCGAGUUUUGAAGCUACAAGUGUUCUUGCUGAUGAUAGUUUGUCUUCCUGUAUGAGUAUUCUGAAUGUGAUGACUUUGCUUGUGGAGGUUCGUGUGAAGGCAUUGUCCAUGUUCAAGGAUCCUGAUUGGAGAAAGAUGUUCCUUGAGAUGUCUGAUGAGUUGAGGGAUGGUUGGCUGAUGAGUCUUUAGGUUGGACAUGCUCUGUUGUUUAAUUUUAUCUGUAUGUUUUAUCAAUUUGUGAUUGAAACUUUGUUUUAUGGAUGUUUUAGUAAUGUUGCUAUGUCUGGAGUUUGGACAUGUUUAUGUUCUGU